AGGAGUGUAACUGGUGAUGGUAGUGAAAGGAAUCCAAGUGGAAGUAAAAGUGACUCAAGUGGAUCCCGAUCUAGCAGUAGUAGCUCUAGUUCAUCUUCCAGUAGUGAUUCACCAUCACCAUCUAGAAGUAAAUUGGUAGAGAAAGCAGCUAGUGAAGCUGGUUCAACUAGUACACAACCUACUAACUCAGAUAAACGUCAAGUUGGCAUCUGUGUGACCAAACUGCCAGCUAGAUCUAGUGAUACCAGUUUAAGAGAUGGUUUAUUUCAUGAAUAUAAGAAACAUGGUAAAGUUACCUCAGUGCAUAUUAACAAAGCAGAUGAUGGUGAAAGAUUUGCUAUUGUUAGUUUUAGAAAACCAGAAGAUGCAUCAAAAGCUAUGGAAGCUUCCCAAGAUAAAAUGUUUUUUGGUACCAAAAUUAGUGUGAAGCCACAUGAGGCUGAUGAUGCUGAUUUCCGUCCAAUUGAAACCGAGUUAGAUGAAUUUCAUCCGAAAUCUACACGAACUUUAUUUGUGGGAAACCUAGAAAAGGAAACAUCUAUACAGGAACUAGUUGAUAAAUUCCGACCUUAUGGUGACAUUAUAGAUGUAGAUAUAAAACGUCAGGGAGCUGCCUCAGCCUAUGCUUUUGUUCAGUAUGCUGAUAUUGUUAGUGUUGUUAAAUCUUUACGUGCAAUGGAAGGAGAACAUAUUGGUGCCAAUAAGAUAAAGUUGGGGUUUGGAAAGAGUAUGCCGACUAAUUGUGUUUGGAUAGACAAUAUCAGUGAAAAUGUGUCGGAUACUUAUUUAAAUAGACAAUUCAGUAGAUUUGGUGAAGUCACCUAUAGUAUUAUUGAUCGUGUGAAGGGUAGAAGUCUAGUUUAUUUCACAAAUAUGGAGAAUGCAAUUUUUUCUGUGGGUGAAAUGAGAGCAAGGAGUUUAGGUGGCAAGAAGAUUCAUGUAAGUUACAAAAUUUUUGUUAUUCUAAUUCCAAAAUGUAUAGCUCUCUUUGAACCAUACUGA